UUUAGUAUUUACUAUAAUAUUAAAUAAAAAUUAUUCAAGUAUGUAAGAUGUUAGCUAUUAAAGAUAAUUAAAUAUUAAUAUUUAAAUGCUUAAUAUUUACUAAGUAUCAUAAAUAGAUUUUUCAUCAUGCUAAAUAUUAUAAAUUAUAAUCUCAACAAUAUCUCACUUUGUCACAUCCUCAGUCCUUACAUUUUAGUUCUCGGUACUCGGUAGUCGGUUUCUCGCCGGCUACCGCUUAUGUGCAUUCCGUUCGGUCCACGAUGUAGAAUAAGUAUUUUAAUACCGUCAUCUUAAAUUCUUAACCACCGCCGUAUUAGUAUUUGGAAACUUGAAGUGGUUGACAAGAAUUUAGAUUCCAAAAUAUACAAUUUAAUGGUGAUUCUUAAAAAAAUAAUGCUACUGUCCAUUUUGGAACGGGCGGACACAAAUUGUUUAAAUCAUUAGUUGUCCUCGGAUUACUAUUGAUUCUUUUGAAUGGUUUGCUAAUUCAGGUUAAACCUUAGCAAAUGUAAAAAUGGCACCUCGUGUGACUAUGCUUGAUGCCCAUGUACUUGACGAUCACAUUUCAAAAAUAUUCAUUGGCCAGACCUUAAAGGUUUUUAAGUUCUUACCGUCCUGGAUUUUAAAUAAUUGCGAGUCAGAAAUAAAUGUGAUAUUACAAUUCCUAUUGACAUAUUAUUCUGUGACAAAAGCAAAAGCAACAUUUGGUCAACAACUGCUCGGGAUUAGAUUCAAUCCAGACCAGCUGACAGAUACAAAGUUAGUUCUAUUUCAAUUGUUUACGGCUGGAGCAGAAUAUAUACAAUCAAAAGUAGAAAGUCCUUCAAAAAAUUUUAUAAACAAUAUAAAUGUCUUACAUUUAAUUGUUGAUGUUUUGAAAGCGGCAUCUUUCUUGAAUUUUCUGCUUUUCCUGCAACAAGGCAAGUAUCCGACAUUGACUCAAAGGCUUUUAAGUCUUUCACAAGAGUCGACCCGUAAAAGAAAUAUUGAAUACACUUAUAUGACAAGAGAACUGCUGUGGCAUGGUUUUUCUGAGUUGUUGUUAUUCACAUUGCCUCUGAUCAAUUAUCAAUCUUUAAAACAUAAAAUAUUCAGAUUAAUGCAUUCAAAUUCAAAAUCCAAUGACAAAAAAUGGAUCGAAAAACCACCAUUUAUAUGUGCUAGGACAGUAUGUAGUAUUUGUCAAGAAAAACCUGUGUUACCACAUCAUAUAAAAUGUUCUCAUGUGUUUUGUUUCUACUGUAUAAGUUCAAUGAGAAUGGUUGAUGAAAAAUUUGAAUGCCCCGAGUGUUAUCAUUUUGAAAUUAAUAUAAUACCGGUCAUACUCGAUUAAAUUUAUUUAUGUUACUCAAAAUGCUUGAGACAUAUCAAUAAAGUAUUGUACAUAUUUUGGUUUUUUAGUUUUUGUUGGUUGUGUAAAUUGUAAUUAGUUUGUUAUUUUUAAUGUAUUUUUAAAGUAGUUUUUUUUUAUUGAAACUGUUGAACAAAUAAUAUAUAUUAUAUUUUCUUGUUUUUAUGUUAAGGGAAAAUAAAUGUGGUAUUUAUUAUAA